AAUGGAACCCUAACCGCAGGAAAAAUAACUGUAGUGGAGAUAUUUUCGUAGUUUCAGUUUCAAUCUGAUUAAUAUAAUCCUUAAACCCUUCACUUGAUAGCAGUAGCCGCUCUGAAAAACCCUUCUAUUCAAAGAGGGUUCGCGAUAUAAGGAAGAGCUUCUAACGCAUAUGGCUUGCUUCAACAAAGUUGGAACCAUGCUAAGGCAGAGCAUAUCUGCCUCUAGUGCAUUGAGUGGACAACCCUCGAUGUUUAAUGCUAUACGCCUCAUGUCCACCAACCUUUUCAUCGGAGGGCUUUCUUAUCAAACUGAUGAUCAGUCUCUCAGAGAUGCUUUUUCUAGCUUCGGAGAAGUUGACUCUGUAAGAAUUAUCGUUGACAGAGAGACUGGAAGAUCGAGAGGGUUUGGUUUCGUAAAUUUCACUUGUGAAGAGGCUGCUAACUCAGCCAUAUCAGCAAUGGAUGGACAGGAACUGAAUGGCAGGAACAUCCGCGUAAGCCAGGCCACAGAGAGACCUCCUCGCAGUAACUAUGGCGGCGGUGGUGGUGGUUAUGGAGGCAACAACUUUGGCCGUGGUGGUGGUGGUUAUGGAGGAGGGUACGGCAACAGAGAUGAGAGUUACUAGUCUACAUAUUGCUUGCUUCGUUAUUUUUGGCACUACUAGUUUAGUAAUCAAGUUACAAACUUGCACUGUUUUUCCCUCACGGUGUUCCUUUACUUUAUUCAAAUUGUAAUAAAUGGAGGAUAAUUUUUAGUU